UUUCCUCAUUUGCAGUAAGUUAACUCACAGUGAGUCUGUACCGGAGCGUCAGCCUGGAUACUCAAUCAAUGCUGGGCAUGGAGCACUUUAUUCAUCAUUAAACCAUCAGUAAAGACAUAACAUGGAGGAGAGCGUGGAUGUGAAGGCUCUCAGGGCGAAGUUCAACAGCAAGGUCAGCACCUCGGACACCGGCAGCCGAGACAGCGGUUCCCCCAAAUCUCCUAAACACGGCUUUGGGAAACAGAUAUUGCCCCUUACAGAGAGCGACCUCUCGCAUCACAGACUCACUCCUAAGGGUCCUCUUCCUCCGAGCGCGAGUCCAGGCCUGGUCCGGCUUCCAAUGGAGGCCUCCGUCCACCCGAGACCCUCUUCCCUCCCUCGGCCACCUGCUAAUUCUGGAAUCCGAGCGUCCGUGAGGCAGGCAGAGCCCGGCAAGGUCAAAAUGAAGGGUGAGAUGCUACAGAGCUUGAUGCAGAUGCACCAGAGGCCCCCGGGCACCAAACCAGCCACUGCUGCAGGUCAGUCUCCUGCAGCGGCCCCCGCCUCCACGCCUUUGCCGCUGUGGCAGCAGCAACGACAGAGGAGUGCAGAAGUAACCCCGCUGAGGAAGUCCUUACCCCCCGAGAGACCCCAGCCCUUGAAGCCCAAACGGCCUCCCUACGUCAACCUGGAGCCUUUUCAGAGGCUCGUCCGAGGACCUGCCCUUCCUGCUCCAAGACAGAGAGAUGGUCCCCCUGGUUCAGAAGGCAGAAAGAUGUCCCUACCUGCAGUCGUCAGUCCUCCAAAACCACCACAACGAUGCAACAAGCCCGUAGCGCUGCCGCACCAAAUGGGCACUGACGACGACCAGGACUUCUAUGACGACAUUGCAGGCUUUGAGAAGAACGAGUCCUGGAGUGACAACAGUUCACAUUGUAUUGACGAGGAUGAUAAUGAAGAAGUGUAUGAGUUUAUUGAUGAGGAUCAGGUGGAUAUGAAUCACUCGAACGCAGAGAAGCUAAAUAAAAAAGAAGCAAAGAGUCAACAAGAGCAGGAUAAAAGAAAUCAGAUGCAACGUCGGAAAGAAGAAAAUGAAUUGAGGAAGAAGUUUAAGCUGCAAGGGGAGGUGGAGGUUCUCCAUACAGCCAGAGUCCGCCAUGACUGGCAUGGAGGAGGAAAACUGGACCUCAGCAUACGACAAGGAGAGAGUGUGGAGAUUCUCCGAGUCAAGAAUAACCCAGAAGGGAAAUGGUUGGCUCGGUCAUUGAAUGGACACUGCGGAUACAUCAGCAACACAAGUGUGGAUAUUGACUAUGAAGCCGUGAAGCGCAAAUUGCUGCAGUCCAGAAAAAUAAAUACUUCGCAGUUGCCUCCACCACCUCCAGACCCCCCACUGAUGUUAAACGUCAAGUACAACUGCAGCGACAGCAUGCCUCCAGAUGACGAUGACUAUGAUGACGUAGAGCCAUUACCUGAGGAUUUCCCCCCACCACCACCUGAAAUCAGCAUAGACCCCAAAAUGGAGAAGGAGUUAAGAAAAAAAUUUAAGUAUGAAGGGCCACUCAGGGUGCUGCACACCAUGAUGGUGGAUCCUAAUGGCAUCAUAAAGAAGCCAGGAGGGAAAGAUCUGCAUGUGACUCAAGGGGAAAUUGUGGACGUCAUCCAGCUCACCAACAGCAAGAAAGCUCUGUGUUGUAACCGGUUUGGAAAAUAUGGCUUUGUGUCCAGAUCGCUUCUUCUUACAAUGGAAGGAGACAUUUAUGAUGAUGUUGACUAUCCAGACGACGUUUACGACAAUGACUCUUCACACGCUGAUUACUGAUAUACAAACUAACUAAUCACACACAGUAAGACCGAGAGAGACACAAACACACAACUCAAACUGAAAGCCAUAUAAAGCUAUAAGCUGUCAUCCAUCUGGGUGCACAUGUUCGUUAGACUCCACCACUAGAACAUAAUCAAAAAAGAAAAUACAGUGGAGUCUCACAAAUAUACAAACUUGCUGAGUAUAUCAAACUUGUCACCAUUGCACUGUUUGUCAAACUGCUUGUAUAGAAAAAAAAUACACUAUAACUGUAGCUUUGUGUAUUGCUCAACAUUUGAAAUAAUUUAAAAUAAAUUUGAC